AUGGACGCACCGGUGAGUGUGGCAGAAGCCAACCAGCGCCAAUGUGGCCGGGGACUGGCGGACCCAUCACCUGCUUCUCCUGAACUAUUGGAUGCGAAAUCAGGAUGCCUGAGUUCAGAUUACAGACAACCUGACACAACGAUUUCUUCAAAGCCCAGACUUCUCACACCUUAUGGCCUCGACAUUGUGCUCCAGGGACUCAGCAGAGCUGUUCUUGAAACCAACCCGCAAAACAUCACCAAGUUUGCAGCAUUUUAUUUUGAAGAACUUAUUGCGUUUAGAGAAGGGAAUGCUUCUCUGGAUAUAAAAAACCUGAUUAAACAAUUUCAUCGAUUUAUAGUUGAGAAGUGGUCAGAAGGAACCACACAAGAGAAUAAACAAGAAUCUGUAAAAGAACCAAGAGAAACACCUAGAGUUUCCCAAGAACCUACAUGGAUGGAAAAAUCUACAGACACAGAGGAGGACAAUACAACUGGACCACUGUUUAGCAACAAAAUCGCUCAGUUCCCAUCAGUUCGUGCAGAGCAGCUCCCAGAGCCUGAGGAGACAAGUGAAGCAGUCCGCGGUCCUUCAGAACCAUCCACAUCUAAGAUUACUACCUCACCCUCAUCAUUGGCUUCCUCACUCCCCUUGCAGGAUGGACAAGAACUUCCUGCUUAUGAUCAAGCUCUUGAGGUCCCUUUGCAGGCUGGUACUGAGGUUACGUCAACCAUUCAUAAAACAUGUAUCUAUAAAGAUGAACUUAUGACUGAAGGGGCUACUUAUGUCGAGCAAAUUCCAGAACAAAUAGCCAUUCCUUUAACUAAUCACAUUGCUUGUCUAAAAGAAAAUGAGCUGUUACCACCAGGUAGUCUCAUACCUGUAGGCAAGAGAGCCACAUGCAUGUCUGAAAAAUGUGCAGAUUCUACUAAAUUUGCACAUUUGCAGCAUGCAAACUAUGAUUCUUCAGUACAUAUGGGAAAAGAAAUGCUUCUGCUCUUUGUCACCUCUAUGAAAGGUCCACCUGCACAAGCCCUGGACACAGAUGGCUCUACCAAAGCAAAAGGCUAUGAAAAACCCCUGCUCCUUGAAAUGGAGGUCACUUCCCUACUCCCUGGCAGCAAGAGUCGGAAAAGCUCUGCAUCCCAGAAGGCGGAGGUCACACCUGUGCUCCCUGGGGAAGCUGCUAAAGCUGUGCCCCCAGCUCUCUCUGUAAGACCGUCUAGUGGCCCCCCUCCUCCUGUUCCAGAAACCAAACCAGAAUGGGAAGCAGCACCUGAGCGAGGUUUGGUGGAGCCAGCACCUGCAGAUGUUCUACGGGAAUGA